ACUGAGGGGGAGGGGUCGGCGAAUAACGGCAGCGAUGAACACAUCGGUAUACCGUAAAAUUCUAAGCCGGCGAGUAGAGAGCUUUUCCGGAGCUAGGCCUAAAAAGCCGGUCAGGAUUUUUCAAUUUUGCCAGGGGUUCAAGGAACCCCCACCCCUUUCUCCCCUUUAGGCUUUAUGAUCUCGAAGAGCGGCGGCUGCUUUCUCUCUCCAACCUCCCCCACCCUGGCAGCCUUCAUCCCUCUGGCCGCUACCACUUCCUUUUCUCCGAGGCCCACACUCGUUUUCUGCUAGCAUCAACGAGAAGCCGUCAGUCGCGUAGCAAAGCAACGCAUGAACGGGCACACAUGCGGCGUGCAGUCGAAUUCGAUUUUGGUUUCGUGCCAACUCGCUUUUCUUCGCCGGCUUUCGGAGAGAAAAAGUUUUUACUCUGAGUUUAACUCAUCUCUCUGCACUCGGAGAUCUUCCUAGGGAGAGAAAGUUUUUUUUUUUUGUAAAAAAGGGAUAGAGCGCAGAGCGGAAGAAAAAGUUGCAACUUUUUUAUUUUCUUUCAUUUCGUGCCUAGCAGCGGGAUUUGUUUUUUAUCUGCCAGAAGCUAUGCACCCACUAUACGGAGAGCAUCACGCCUAUUACCGUUACGACGGAUACCCCACCAUGGGCAUGAAUGCAGCGGCCGCAGGGAAUGGAGUCAUGCCGGCGUAUGCGACAGCUCAGCAUCAGCAGCAAGCUGUAGAACGGUACGGUGCGACGGCAGUAGUGAGACCAUCCCCUUAUGCUGCUCCCUAUGCUCCCGCAGGAGGCAUGCAUCAAGCCUCCACGCAGCCAUCGAAGGAUAUGGUGAAGCCACCUUAUUCGUAUAUAGCCCUGAUCACAAUGGCAAUCCAGAAUUCACCAGAAAAAAAGAUAACUCUAAACGGUAUCUAUCAGUUUAUCAUCGACCGAUUUCCGUUUUAUAGAGAGAAUAAGCAAGGAUGGCAGAACUCCAUACGACAUAACCUCAGCUUGAACGAUUGCUUUGUCAAAGUGCCGCGAGACGACAAGAAACCUGGAAAAGGAAGUUAUUGGACGUUAGAUCCGGACAGUGCGAAUAUGUUCGACAACGGCAGCUACUUGCGGAGGCGACGACGCUUCAAAAAGAAAGAUGCCCUCCGAGAAAAGGAAGAGAAUCUCUUGAAAAAACAACAGUCUUCCAAGCGAGAGGAACAGGGUAAAGAGAGCGUUCAGGCGGAACAGACCGGCGGUAAUCUCGCAAUGAAAACAAACUCCGCCGCUGCCGUCCCUAACAACAACAUGGAGGCAUCAUCCGCCGGAUCGACUCGGAGUGAUCGUCAUUCCGUUUCUCCUCCGCAACAACGCAGCAACCACCACUUGCACCUACCAUGCACGUUGACCCCUAAAGUUGAACCUAUGGACGACGAUCUAGUGGACCAUCGCCAUAAUAAUUCUCUGUUUAACUCUUCCUGUAUGCAGAGGAUAGUGAUGGCUGGUGAUUGCAAGUUUGAUAGGAUGAAAAGCAGCCCUUCACUUCCAAAUAACAAUAUCAGUCCGGUGACAUCUGCUUCGUUUGUGGACGCAUCAAUGGUAGACGGGACAUCCAUAUCGAGCUUCUCGGUUGACUUACUUGUAAGAGAUCCAAGAGUUCACUCCCCUGGGAGUCAUAUGUCGGACGCUAUAAACAGUAGUUUAUCUUCCCGUUCUGGAAUUAAUUCCAGUCUUAGAUCUUGUGCAAGCACCAAUGGACUCAGUACUUUGUCUUACGGUACAAGAACAGGAGGUUUUACUUGUUCAGCACUGUCAUUACCUCAAUGUUCUGCUUCUCCAACUUCAUCUACACUCAACUAUAACUGUUCUGUGUCUCCUAGUUGCGGAUAUGAACGAGAUACAAGUGGCCGAAAUAGUGUAGUCUCGCGUUCAGGAGUGCGUGCUAGCUCAAAUAACAGCAACAGCAGUAACCUCACUAUUGGCAUGGCUUCUGGUAUAGAAGAAACAGGACAGUACAGUGUAACAGCUGGACAUAGUGGUUUGCCUAUGCCCGGAUCUCCCCAACAAGCGGCCUACAUGAAUCGUACUGCUACAGCAACUUCCAGUUCAACAAAUGCCGCUUGGAAUUAUCCAUUGCAGAAUAGCUCAUCAGACUGCUCACUGUAUGCAGAUUCCAAUGGGAACUUUGUCGUAAGAGAUAUGUUUGAUGGUCAACGCCUUGUGUCCUCCGCUUCUUCCGGAGUGGUCAAUCCAAGUUGUCAGAUGAAUUUCGGCGUUGGUGCAUCAUCUGGUUACAGCCACAGGACAGCUUCAACUGUGUAUGGUUAUGACUACUCAAGGUUUUAACCUGAACUUGUAAAGAAAUAUUGUUCAUACAGAGGCAGAGUGGCAUCUUUUAUCGGUAAGACAUACAAUUCCUUUUAAAUGAGUAUCUUAAUUAGAAAACCUGCUUUGUUACGAGACUAAAAAUUGACGUUUACAUUGAAAGUAAAUGUUUCAAGUAUUAUUUGCGUUAUCAUAGUAAAAUGAACUCUAAAUUCUAAGUGAGCAGGUGAAACACACUUUGCUUACGGUAUAAUUCUUCAUUAAUUCGUUUCAUAUUUUUUAUGGUUACUCUGUGUAUAAUUUUAGAUUUUUAAAUUUCAGCAAGUAACAUAUUGAAGUGAAAAGAAAGUAAUAGAAACUUAAGUGUUUGAUUUGAAUGUUAUGACCCUUCCGUAAAGAAUUGUAUUUAUAUUGAAAUUUGGAUAUCUUUCCAUACUGAUAAAAAACUAAAUUGUUUUAACUCUUUAUUUAUAUAACAUGUCUUGCAAUGAAAUUCGUUUAUUUAAAUGAAAGAUACUGUUAAAUUAACCCCAAGGUGUAUAUAUGUAAAUAAACAGAGCUUAAACUCACAGGUUUUUAAAAAUCUGAAAAUGUGAUAGAAUCAUAUAUAUUGAUUUCGUGUAAAUUUUGUAAUUUUAACACUCGGUUGCAAUAAAA